AUGGCCAGAUGGGGAACCGGCGCGGGCGCGUGCCUACUUGAGAUCCUCGUCUACCUCGGAGCCUACCCGGCCGCGCUUAAUCUUAUCGGCUCCUUCCUCGAUGAUCGCUCGACGCAUCUUGUUAUCGACGGGGUCUCCACGGGUCCGUUCCGACUCCGAUGCGGGAGCCCCCAGGGGUCCCCCAUCUCGCCUAUCCUCUUUAUCAUUUACAUCUCAACCUUAUAUCACCAUCUAUCUAAUAUCCCUGGUAUCCAACUUAUCGGGUUCUCCGAUGAUAGCAAUAUCGUCGCUAUCGCUUCUACACACACAGGCGUCGUCCGCUUGCUAGAGGAGGCUUGGACUCGCUGCGCGUCUUGGGCGGACGCGCACGGCGCUACUUUCGCAGCGGCUAAGACUACUAUCACCCAUUUCACUCGCGCUCACUCUCCUCUUACUACUAGCGUCCGACUCGGCCCUGUUUCGCAGCCGCCUACGGAAACAGCGCGCUUCCUCGGGUUCUACUUCCAUCGGAAGCUCACGUGGGAACACCACGCACGCGAAGCCAAGGCCCGCGCUGCCCGAGCUGCCGGGGCCCUGAGCGGCACCGGUCUGAUGGCGUGGGGGACCCGGCUCGAGAACGCUCGCCUUAUCUACACAAUGGUCCACCGCUCUAUCCUCACGUAUGGGUCAGUUCUCUUCCACAAACCUGGUGAUAUCCCCCUAGGACCUGCACGUACUAUGAGUGGUACCCAGCACGAUAUGCUCCGGCUCCUUGCUGGGGCCUUCCGGGCCACUCCAGCGCACUACCUAGAGGCCGAUCUUCAAAUCCCUCCCCUUCAUCUAUACAUGACCUACCGCAGCGAACGCUCCCUUGCGCGGUUCAUGAAUAACGGGACCCUUGCUAGGGUCCGUGCUGCGUCUGCCGCGGUUGCGGGCCUCCAGCGGCUCCCUCGUCGCCAGCACUACCGUCGUCCCCUCGAGGACUACCACCGUCAGUACGGUCGCGACCUUCUCGGGGCCUGACCGGCCCCUGAUCGCAAAUCCCUCUCUAAGCACCUGAAUAAGCGCUGGUAGCAGCACUGGCUGCACCAGGAGUCUGCACGGCUCUCCCGCCGGAGCAGCGCACAAGGCCACCGACCGUCGAACUGCUCAGAGCUCCCGCCUCGGCUCCGCACUGGCCGCCUGCCGGCGCCCUACCGGGGCAGCAACACCCCGAAACACAUCUCCUCCUUGGUACUGCAGAUGAGGACUGGAAAGAUUGGUCUAAACGACUUCCUAUUCAGCCGGCGUGUACCCGACGUGGCGUCGCCCCUAUGCCGUUGCGGAUCCGGGCGGGAGACCACGUUCCAUAUAAUCCUACACUGCGAACUCUACGACCGUCCGUCGCUGUCGACCGAGGCGGCUGUUCGCCGGGCCCUCGACACACCCGAUAGCGCCGCGCGAUUAGCACGAUGGCUACUAGACACGGGCCGAAUCAGCUACCUCACAGCAGCGUACCAGGCCUAUAAUAGUCGACCUGGAUGAGGAACGGCUAACUAAUAUCACAGGUCUGUAGUGAGAGUAGGGGUAAACUAUCUUGUUUACACGGUGUCUCCUUACUUAUUCUCUAUUACUUUGUUUACUUGUCUAUUUGCUUUCUUCUUGUAUUACUAACUCUUGUCUCCUACUAUCCGGUCCAGUGUCGUCUCCGGCCUGGACCCUCCACGACACCGGCAUGGACCCACCGCGGCCAACCCAAAUAUAGGGGUUUUCUUUGUUUUUCCCCUAUAAUAUAUAUAGUUUAGAGCUAGAUAAGCUAGAUAGCUUCUAUUAGCCUAAUAAUAAUAAUAAUAAUAAUCUACCCUAGAUUACUUAAUUGUAUUUUAUGAAUUUAUUAGCUUAUAUAACGGGCUAGGCCCGAGAGGGUCUCGGUGAAUCUCGACCAGGAACCUAUGUAAGUCGUAUAAGAGGCAAUUCCCACAGCUAGAAUUACCCCCUUUUUAGAACCUUUCUUCAUCAUCUUUGAAUACUUGUAGUAGUCUUUUAGCUAGUUGUUAAUACACUCAGUUAAGACCGUUACAGCUUAUAGCUUCUCUAACUAUGAUGAAGACUAAGGAAUGCACCACGCGCGUCAAAUGUACUUCUCU